CUGUAAUUUUGUUUACAUUUUGACAAUCAAAAGUUUGGUUAUAAUCGUAUAAGUGCUAGAAUUCUUUACAGAUUUUGUCGUUUUCUUACGUGAAUAAAGUGAAUAAUGUAUUUAUUACAAUACUAUAGUGCAAUGUUAAUAUAUGAAUUGCUUUAAUAAAUUAUUUUUACCGUGUAGAUUAGUUGCAACCGGUGCUAAUAGAUUCGUUAGUCCAUCAGUUAGAUUGCUUCAGUGGUCAAAGCAUAAUAGCCUUUUAUUUCCUAGUAUAGACACUUUACAAGUAAGAACUAUGGCUCAGAAGAGUAUUAUGUCGUUCUUUAAAAUCACACCGAAGAAAGACGCCGAAAUUAAAAAGGAACAAGCUGAAAAUGACACAUCUCUUGAAGAUGCAGAAAUGAAAGAACCAUCGCCAGUCCAAAAUGGAAAGGCUAAGCGGUCCUCGAAAAGGCAGAGGCUGGACAGCAGCAGGGAGUCCCAGUCACCUAAGAAGGAGAGUCCACCAACGUCUGUGACGAAAAAGAAGGUCAAAAGACAGCGAAUAGAAAGCUCAGAAAGUGAAUCUGAACCCAUAAAUUCACCUGAGAAAUCAUCAGCGAAGUCAAGAGAAGCUUCUCCAGUGCACUCCCCAGUGAAGGAGAUAAAAAUAGAGAAAACGGAGAAUGUGAAGACUUACCAGUCACCGAAGAGUAAAAAGGCUAAAGGGAAGAAGGAGGGCAAAAAUGAAAAUAUUACUAAAAAGGUAAUAAAUAAAGAGAAAUCGCCGUCGCCCAAGAGUCAGUCCAUGAAAAAAGAGAAAUCUCCUCUUAAAGAGAAUGGAAAGGACAAAACUUCAGAGAAUAAGACCAAAGAGGUCAAGAAGGAAGUUAGUGUUAAGAAGGAAAAAGAAGGUGGACUGGUUCCAGAAACAGAAUACGACCCCACAAAGUCCAAAUAUCACCCAAUCAACGACGCCUGUUGGGCGCCAAAGCAACCAGUUCCAUACUUGGCCCUGGCCAAGACACUUGAAGCCAUAGAAGCUAUAUCAGCACGACUCAAGAUUGUAGAGAUACUGAGUAAUUAUUUCAGGUCCGUGAUAGUGUUGACUCCAGAAGAUUUGCUGCCGAGUGUGUACCUUUGUCUGAAUCAGAUCGCGCCGGCAUAUCAUAGCUUGGAACUUGGCAUAGCAGAAACCUACCUAAUGAAAGCCAUCGGCCAGUGCACCGGCCGUACGCUGGCCCAGAUGAAAGCAGCCGCUCAGAAAAGUGGAGACCUGGGCGCCGUGGCUGAACAGGCCAGAUCUACACAGAGGACCAUGUUUACACCGCCACCUCUUAAGACAAGGGCUGUCUUCAAUGCUCUUAAAGAAAUUGCUGGAAUGACUGGACAAGCAUCAGUGAAUAAGAAAAUAGGCAAAAUUCAGUCGCUAUACGUCGCCUGCCGCUUUUCGGAGUCCCGAUAUCUAAUACGAUCUUUAGAGGGGAAGCUGCGAAUUGGUCUAGCAGAACAGUCAGUACUACAAGCGCUCGCACAAGCAGCUGCCGCGACUCCACCUGGAUCAGAUGUUCUCGACGCGAGCCAGGGACUGUCGGCCGCGGAGUUCAAGGCUAUUGUCGACGAGCAGGCCCUCAUAAUCAAAACCACCUACUGCGAGUGCCCGAACUACGAGAUGAUCAUCCCAGUACUACUAGAGCACGGGGUGAAGGCACUCCCACAACACUGCAAGUUGACGCCGGGCAUUCCGCUCAAACCUAUGCUCGCACAUCCUACUAAGGGAGUCCAUGAGGUGCUUAAUCGAUUCGAGGGCACGAGGUUCACCUGCGAGUACAAAUAUGACGGCGAGCGCGCUCAGAUACACGUGCCGAAGACUGAAACUGAAGGGAAAGAGGUUGCAGACCUUAGUAAAGCAUCUAUCUUCAGUAGGAACCAGGAGAAUAAUACUACGAAAUACCCAGAUAUCCUUCAGCGGCUACCUUCACUCCUAAAAGCGGAGGUGACGAGCUGCGUGCUAGACUGCGAGGCCGUCGCCUACGACACGGUCAACAAGCAGAUACUACCCUUCCAAAUCCUAUCCACCCGUAAGCGCAAGGACGCCUCAGCCACCGACAUCAAAGUGCAAGUGUGUGUGUUCGUGUUCGACCUGCUCUAUCUAAACGGGCGCGCUCUGGUCAGGGAGCCGCUUGAAGAGAGGAGGAAAUUGCUGAGAGAGAAUUUCAAUGAAGUCGAAGGUGAAUGGCAAUUCGCAACGGCCAAUGACUGCAGUUCCAUGGACGAAGUACAGCAGUUCUUGGAUGAUGCUGUCAAGGGCAGCUGCGAGGGGCUUAUGGUAAAGACCCUGGAGGGGGAACACGCCAGAUAUGACAUCGCCAGGAGAAGCCACAAUUGGCUCAAGCUAAAGAAAGACUACCUAGAAGGUGUAGGCGAUACAAUCGACGUGGUCGUAAUAGGCGGCUACCACGGCCGCGGCAAGCGGCGCGGCGUCUACGGAGGCUUCCUGCUGGCCUGCUACGACAGCAGCAGCGAGGAGUACCAGGCGCUGUGCAAGAUCGGAACUGGCUUCUCGGACGAGGAUCUGCAGACGCUCACGAAGACGCUGGAGGAACAUGUUAUUGAGGCGCCGAGGAAUUAUUAUAGAUACGACACGUCUCACGCAGCGGAUGCGUGGUUCGCGCCGGCCUGCGUGUGGGAGGUGCGCUGCGCCGACCUGUCGCUGUCGCCGGCGCACCGCGCGGCCGCCGGGCUCGUCGACCCCGAGAGGGGCGUGUCGCUGCGCUUCCCUAGAUUCAUCCGCGUACGCGACGACAAGACCCCGGAGCAGGCGACGUCGGCGCAGCAGAUCGCACAGAUGUACCUCUCACAAGACCAAGUCAAGAAUUCUACAAGCAAACCUGUCAAUUUUGACGAUUUUUACUAACUGUGGUCUAAUAGGGACUGUGCGUAAUGGAGGAUCUGCCCAACAUUUUACUUACUUGACAUUGACACUUGUCAAUACGCAACAUCCUAUAGUUCACUCACACACGGCCUCUUGCGCAUGGAAGGUGCUGCCAUCUAGCGGCGUGUAUUGCAAACUGCACUAAAAAUUUUCACAGGGCGCUACUGUACUGCUCUCCAAAGAGUAAAGUAUAUCUGCUCUCUACAGUUUAUAGUGGUUCCUAAGGUUUCUAUCGGACGGAUGUAAUUUGUCUUUUUCUCGAACUCAAAGACCCAAGAUGUGACCAAGAGCCUUAGCCAUAGGCCAUUUAAAGUGACUCCCCUCCUUCUCCCCCGACGCCUUUGUGCAUGAGGAAAUCGCCUCACGCGUAUGUUCGCUCUGUGUGGACCUGUUUAUUGGAAUGCAAAUAUGUACAUACUUAAAUCUGGACUUAUCCUUUCCAUUAUUUUGAUAAGUAUCAUUCCAAGUUUUCUAUAGAAUAAUUGGGUCAAAAUUCUUUCCGUUGUCUUGUUUUUCGUCCCCAAAAAAUGUGACGGAGUGUAGCUUUUUGUAUGGGGUUAAAUUUAGUUUUUCUCAAGAGAAUUAUAAUCAACAGCUAGAAAGAUAUGCAAUAGCACUCAACUUUCUCUAAUUAUUAUUAAAAGACAAAUAGAAGCGUGACAGUGGUCAGAAACAAGUCAGCGAAAAGAAUUUUGACCUUAAUUAUAAUUUAAUUACGCGAGUUUCUGUAUUUUUCCAAAAAAAUAAGGUACCUAUUUUAUUAUAUGUAUUUACUAUAAGAUGAUGGUUCGCUGCGCGUACCAGAUUUAGACGGUUGUAAAAUAAUAAAACAUUUCAUUGUCAA